UCAGCUUGUUCACAGAUGACGAGGAGACCAACCAAGAAGGGGCAAGCCAAAGCCAAAUUCCCUGACAGUCUGUUCAUCUCCAGCAUGUGGAAAGUGCUGCUCCUGGGUCUGUAUGUAGUAUUGGCUGUGAGAGGAUUGGCAAAGGGUGCUCCUUUCCAUCCAGAAGAGAAAUGGAAGCCUCUUGAUAACCCCAGAAACAGAGACCUGUUUUUCAGAACGCUCCAGGCUUACUUCUUGGGCAGGGGUCUCGAUCUCAGAAAGUUCCCAGCUACUUUCCCUGUGAACAGUGAAGGACCAGGGCCUGUCAUGUUCUACUCAGAUCCUAUUGCUUCUGCAUUUGCAGAUUAUGAAGAAAGGAAAAAAUCUUUUCAGAACUAUUUUGAAGGCUGAAAGAUUCUGCUGAUGAAGGUGUUAACUUAAGAACUCCAUACCAAGUGGAAAACUUCACAGCAAAAUUUUACUGUUUUGAUUUUUUGUU